GUUCUUGGCGGGGAAUUUGAUUUCGCUGCUUUCGACUCUUCACUUUCAAUUCUGGUGGCGUCUCUCGUGGCUUAGAUCCAAGCUAAGUCAACUUGCUCACCUCCGCCAGAUUGAGGUGGCGCUGCAUCUCUGCCAAAGGUUCAGCCCAUGGGUGACGGAAACUCCAUGAAGCGGUGCCGGUGCGUAGCUACCUGCCCCAUCUGCCUCUGCUAUUUCACCAGCCCAGUGCUGCUAAACUGUGGGCACAGCUUCUGCCAAACAUGCAUCAGGAGGUGCUGGGAGCAGCCUGGCGCAAACGCCAGGUGCCCCGAGUGCAGAAGGACUGUCGAGAGAACCUUCAGGCCCAACAGGUCUCUCUCGAACCUGGCUGAAAUACUCAAGGACUGGGAAGCUUCUGCCGAGAGAGAGGCUCGAGAACAACGGGACUCGGAAUGCCAGAGGCAUCGGCAGCCGUGGGACUUGUUCUGCGAGGAUGACCAAGUCCCCUUCUGCGGGGAAUGUGCCAGUUCCCAAGAGCAUAGGGGCCACAGAGUGCUCUCCGCAGAAGAAGCCGCCCAGGUAUACAAGGAACAGAUCAGCAGCUGCUUGCCGAUUUUGAGGACGGAGAGAGAAAGACUUCUGACCUUUAAAGCACAAACAGAAAUUGAAAGGCGACAGCUGCUUGAGCACAUAGAGGGAGAGAAGGGAAAGGCCAUAGCCAAGUUCAGUCAACUGCACCAGUUCUUGGAGGAACAAGAGGACCUUCUGCUGGAGAAAAUGCAAGAGGUGGAGGAGGAGAUUGCAAGGAAAAGGGAGGAGCACCUGGACAGGCUCUCCAGGGAUCUCAUACCCCUUGAAACUCUCAUCCUGGAGAUGGAAGCGAAGCUUCAGAGGCCAACCAGUGAAGUCCUGCAGAACAUUAGAAGCCUUUUGCAGAGGUUUGAGGAGAGAGGGGCAUUUGAGACACCAGUGGUUUUUUCUGUUGCUUUGCACUGGAGGGCCUGGGAAUUCAGCGAUGUGAUCCCCUUUCUGGACCACGUCAUACAGGAAUUCAAAUACACCCUAACAUGUGAUCUGAAAUAUCUGCAAAAAGGUAAGCUGUGAGGUUUGAUAAAGAACUUGCUUGCAGUUC